UUCCAUCACCACACAACGCGCACGAUAUCAGCAUCAACGUGAAGAAAUGGUCAAAGUAUAUAAACCCGGGAAGGUCGCCAUCGUUCUUCAAGGACGUCAGGCCGGCAAAAAGGUCGUCAUUAUCAAGCAAUUGGAUGAAGGUACCAAGGAGCGACCUUACCCCCACGCACUCGUUGCUGGUAUCGAACGUUACCCUCGGAAAGUCACAAAGCGAAUGGGCCAGAAGAAGUUGGCAGCGCGGAGUAAAGUCAAGCCUUUCAUCAAGACCGUCAACUACUCGCAUCUUUUCCCUACACGGUACCAACUUGAAUUGGAGGGUCUGAAGAACGCUGUCGUUGCGGACACGUUCAAGGAACCAUCACAGAGGGAGGAUGCAAAGAAGAACAUCAAGAAGCUUUUAGAGGAGAGAUACACAUCUGGCAAGAACAGCUGGUUCUUCCAACCUCUUAGAUUCUAAGUUUCUUCUUGUAUCUGGUGUUAUGCAUUUAGCCCUUCUAAAAGUACUACUGUAUGAUUCUCAUGGCAUUUAUGCAACUAUCCACAUGCUUGGCAGCUUGUUAUCAUUUCACCGACAACUUCCUUGUCCAUUUGUAUUCUCGGGUUGGAUGCGUAUGCAAACACGGCUGAAACUGCG